AUGUAUUGCAAUCCUGAUUACUUGUCCCGAUUUGAAACAAAUAAAUGUCCAAAAAUGAUUGCUUCAAUGACAGAAACGUCGUACGCGCUUAAAGUACAAGAUAUAUGUAUAACAACACAACAAGAAUUUGGUUUGACGAAAAACACGAUCCAUACAUUGAAAGAUAAUGUCAACCAAAAACUCUUAAGUGAUAUUCUAACACAAGCGUUAGCAUUGACCCGUCCGAAAUCACCGAAGAAAGACGAGUCAGGAUCUUCUCCAGUUUCUUUAAGACAAAAUGAUAAUCUUCGAAGUCCCAUUGCUGACAUUUCUUCAUCACAUUCACGGCCAAAUUCAAAGACACCAGUUCACAAUACUUCAACUUUAAACUCUUUAGCGCCCCUUUUAGACUUUUUAUAUAUUUUAAGCAGAACGACUUCACUUCCAUCUCAUGUUCCAUAUCCGAUCGAGAUUAGGGAUUUAUUUUGUGUCCCAGUUUUUCCUUGGGAUUUUCUCCAACUUCCAACUAUUACCGCACAAAUUGCUUUAAACCAAAAUGGACAUCAUGUGAUUGAUUAG